AUGCAACAACUGAACUGCCGGUCGGGGGCCCGGGGGCCAUUGCGCAUCGCCGCUGGUUGCAGCCCCCGACCACGUCGAGCCCACGCUUUCAGUCCCAACCCUUUCAACCCCAGCCUUUCCUCCCUCGCCACCUCGCCGCUACGACCCGGCCGUCUCAGCCGCUCCACCGGCCUCCAAUCCCGCCUCAUCCCCGCCGGCCUCCCUGACCCCCUUGCCGUGGGCUUGUUCUUCGCUCCCGGCUUCGCCGCCCUGGUGUACGCAUACUUCCGCGGCAAGGGCAACCUUACGGACGGCCUCAGUCGCCUGCUGACGGAGAUCAGUCAGGGCUACUUCCAGCCCGAUGUGGGUGGCAAGAACAUCCCCGUGGCGCAGGGCGAGCUGAGCGACCUGGCAGGUGACCAGCCUCUAUUCAAGGCGCUGUACCAGUGGUUUAUUGAGAGCGGUGGGGUGUAUAAGUUGGUGUUCGGGCCCAAGGCUUUCAUUGUGGUUUCGGAUCCAGUGGUUGUACGGCACUUGCUCAAGGACAAUGCGUUCAACUACGACAAGGGUGUCCUGGCGGAGAUCCUGGAGCCCAUAAUGGGAAGGGGCCUUAUCCCAGCCGACCUGGACACGUGGCGUGUACGGCGUCGCGCUGUCGUACCUGCCUUCCACAGGCAGUACUACGACGCCAUGGUGACCAUGUUCGGCCGGUGUGCUGACAGGUCCUCAGAUAAGCUGCAGGCGCUUGUGGAGAAGGGCCAGGUGGGGCUAGGAGGGCGAGUUGUGGAUAUGGAGUCCGAGUUCCUGUCUCUGGGGCUGGACAUCAUCGGGCUGGGGGUGUUCAACUACGACUUCGGAUCCAUCACCUCGGAGUCGCCGGUUAUCAAGGCCGUGUACGGCGUCCUGAAGGAGGCCGAGCAUCGCUCUACAUUCUACCUGCCGUACUGGAACCUUCCCCUGGCGGACGUGCUGGUGCCGCGGCAGGCAAAGUUCAGGCGCGACCUUCGUGUCAUCAACGACUGCCUGGAUGACCUGAUCCGUAAGGCCCAGGAGACCCGAGUGGAGGAGGAUGCGGAGGCGCUGCAGAACAGGGACUACAGCAAGCUCCGGGACCCGUCCCUCCUCCGCUUCCUGGUGGACAUGCGCGGGGAGGACGUCACCAACAAGCAGCUGCGGGACGACCUGAUGACCAUGCUGAUAGCGGGCCAUGAGACCACCGCUGCCGUACUCACCUGGGCGCUGUACUGCCUGAUGCAGUCCCCCGCGGCGCUGGAGAGGGUGCUGCGGGAGGUGGACGGGGUGGAGCGGGGAGGGAACCCCCAGGGCGAAACAGUCGCCGACUUGGAAGCAUGUAAGGGGGAUCCCCUGGGCGAGUCCCUGCGCAUGUACCCCCAGCCGCCCAUCCUCAUCCGCCGGGCGCUGGGCGAGGACGUCCUGCCGGGGGGCCUGCGGGGAGACCCGGCGGGGUACCCCAUUGGCACGGGGGCGGACCUGUUCAUAUCGGUGUGGAACCUGCACAGAUCCCCUUACCUGUGGAAAGACCCCGACACCUUCCGUCCCGACCGCUUCUUUGAGUCGUACUCCAACCCGGACUUCGAGGGCAAAUGGGCAGGUGCGUACGCCGUAUCGGGGGGUGCCGCGCUGUACCCCAACGAGGUGGGCUCCGACUUCGCCUUCAUCCCCUUCGGGGGGGGAGCUCGCAAGUGCGUGGGAGACCAGUUCGCCAUGUUCGAGGCCACUGUGGCGCUGGCGGUGCUGCUCAGGAGGUUCAGCUUCGCGCUGGAGGGGCCGCCGGAGAAGGUGGGUAUGGCCACGGGGGCCACAAUACACACCGCCAACGGGCUCAUGGUGCGAGUUAGCCGCCGUACACCGCCGCCACCACCGCCGGCACCGGCCGCGGGGUCUCCCAGGGAGGAGCAGCUCCCCCGGCAACCGGUGGCGGCGUGA